AUGGCAAUAGUUAAAAAGAUAGAUCAACACCUUAAAGUUAUUCCCGAAGAAUUAUGUAGAACACAAAGUAUUUAUAUAAAUGUAGGAGAAUUAAAUUUUGGGAAUAAUGAAUUUGAAGAAAUACCUGAAACCAUUCAAUUAUUUAGUUCAUUAAAGAAAAUAUCAUUUGCAAGUAAUAAGUUAAGAGAAGUAAAUGAUUAUUUAUUUUCAUUAACAGGAUUAGAAUAUAUUUGUUUAAAUCAAAAUAAAAUAGAAGAAAUUAAUAAUAAAAUUACUGAAUUAACACAAUUAACAUCAUUUGAAGCAUGUGCAAAUAAAUUACAUGAAUUUAAUUUUAAUCUUAAUAUUCAACGAUUAGAUCUUUCAGCUAAUUUCUUUACAACAUUAAAUUUUAGUUCAACACGAUUAACAUUUUUAGAUAUUUCACAAAAUGAUUUAACGUCAUUUCCAAAUUUAAAUUGUCCAAAUUUAGAAAGAAUCAAUGCGUCAUUUAAUAAUAUUGAAUUAUUACCAGAUGAUAUUACAAUUUUAAGUUCACUUAAAAGUUGUGAUCUUAGAAAUAAUAAAAUAAAAUCAUUACCAAAAAAUUUUUCAAUUCUUACUUCAUUAACAUAUUUACAAUUAGCUAAUAAUCCAAUUAAUAAUGUUCCACCCAAUUUUGAAGUAAUGAGAAUUAGAAAAUUAAAUGUAAAUGGAACACAAAAUUUAAUAUUUAAUCCAAUAACAACAUUAAAAGAAUUAAAUUAUUCAAAAGUAGGAGUAGAUGUAUUAUUUGAUAAUUAUUCAAUAUUAAAGAAUUUAGAAACACUUGAUGUAUCAAAUAAUUUAUUUAAAACAUUAACAUUAACAUCAGAAAAAAUGAUAAGUUGUAAUUGUUCAAAUAAUAAAUUAACAACAUUAAUAAUUGAAAAAGGAUGUUCUAUUCAAAAAUUAUUAGCUAGAAAUAAUGAAAUUAGUUUUAUUGAUUCUUCAAUUUAUUUUAAUUCAAAAUUAUGUGUUUUAGAUUUAAGUAAUAAUAAAAUUACUUCAUUACCAAAUAAACCAGAUAUGUCUAGAUUAAAUUAUUUAAGUAUUGGAUUUAAUAAAUUAUCUUCUUUUGAUAUGGAUUUGAAUAAAUUCUCUUCAUUAACAUUUUUAGAUAUUUCUUUUAAUAAAUUAAAUGUAAUUCCUUCUCAAAUCGGUGGAUUAACUCAAUUAAAAACUUUAUAUAUUACUGGAAAUAAUAUUUCAUUAUUACCAAAUGAAUUUUCAAAUUUAAUUUCAUUAACUACUUUACAUUGUUCUGAAAAUAAAUUUACUUUAUUUCCUAAUGUUCUUUUAAAUUUAUCUCAUUUAUCUAAAUUAUAUAUUUCUUCUAAUUAUUUUGAAUCAAUUCCUUUAUUAUCUUCUCUUAUUAAUCUUCAAACUUUAGAUAUUUCUAAUUGUUUCUUAACUUCUUGUACUUCUAUUAUUAAUUUAUCUCAUUUAGAACAAUUAAAUUUAAGUAAUAAUUAUUUAUCAAUUCCUCAUAAUUUUAAUGGUUGUACUUCAUUAAUUUAUCUUGAUUUAUCUUAUAAUUCUCUUCAAUCAUUUAUUGAUGUUAAUGACUUUAAAAAUCUUGCUUUAUUAGAUUUAUCUUUUAAUGAUUUAAUUAAAUUACCAAAUCAUAAUCCUUCUACAACUGUUCUUAUUAAUGGUUGUAUUCGUCUUCAAAAAUUCCCAUUUUUAUCUAGAUUUUAUCAUAACCUUAAGUUUAGGUCAAUCCCUACUACUUGUGCAACUGCACAAAUGUGUGCUGAUAGAGAUGAAAUGCAAGAUUCUUUAAUUUGUAUUCCUCAUUUCGCAGCACCAGAACAUUAUUUAUUUGCUGGAAUUGAUGGACAUUCUGGAAAAUAUGUUUCUUAUAAGUUUUCUAUUAGAUUUCCAGAAAUAUUUUAUGAAAUGUUAUCAAGAGAUUCUGGAGCAUUAAAUAUUAUAGAUGCUUUAUAUCAAUCAUUUGAUACUAUUCAAAAUGAAUUUGCAAAUGAUCCUAAUGUUACUGAUGGUGCUGUUGCAACAGUAAUAUUUAUGACUCCUACUAAAAUUUAUACUGCACAAUGUGGAGAUUGUCGUGCUGUUUAUAUUACUUCAUCUGGAGUUGUUCAAUUAGCUCCAGAACAUAAAACAAGUGAUAGAAUAGAACAAAUGAGAAUUCGUUCACAAGGAGGUUUUGUAUCUGAAAAUCUUAGAGUUUGUGGAUUACUUGUUGCUCGUUCUGUUGGUGAUGUAAAAAAUAAACCUAUUAUUACACAUGUACCUGACAUUACUUGUUUUGAUAGAAGAGAUGAUGAAGAGUAUUUAGUUGUUGCAACUGAUGGAGUUUGGGAUGAAAUUUCUAAUUUAAAAAUUCAUGAUAUAUUACAUUCAAAUAGAAGAGUUUAUAGAACAAGUGAAUUAUCUGGUUUAGUUAAAGAUAUUGCUUGUGUUAGUUGUAUAUCUGGACAACAUCCUGAUAAUAUUGGAAUUGUUCUUUGUCGCUUCUAA